UUUUUAACCUCUUCUGCUGCGUCGCUGCUCUAGCCGUUCGUUAACUGAUCGUUACAACGUUCAACUAAGAUGUAUUCCCGUGCAAUAGUCCGUUCGUUCUUGGCGCGCCCGUCCGCGUACAACAAACUGGCGGCCAACAGCUCAACGGCGGCCGUCUUCCAGGCUGAGCCAAAGGCACCCGUACAAGGUGUGAUGCAGGUGCGCGAGGACAAGAUCGUCGGCCGUGACAUUGUCGGCUAUGGUCUGAACGGCGAACCCCAAUACUUCGACUCCAUCACCUUCCCAUUCCCCAGCGUUAGGUUUAUGAAGAACACCCCUGAAAUAGUGGCGUUGCGUGUGAAAGAAAAGGGAGACUGGAAAAAGCUGAGUAUAGAAGAAAAAAAAAAAUUGUACAGAGCGAGUUUUUGCCAGACAUUAGUUGAGGUAGAUGCACCGACUGGUGAAUGGAAAGCCAUAUUUGGAUGGGUCAUGGUCUGGAUUUCUAUUGCCGUUUUUUCUUUUGUCGGAGUUCGUAAAUUCUUGACAAGCACUGCUGAUGACCCAACUUUAUCACUUGAAUAUCGUCAAGCCCAAUUGAAACGUAUGAUUGAUUUACGUGUUGAUCCAAUUGAUGGGCUGUCCUCAAAUUGGGAUUACGAAAAGAACACAUGGAAAAGUUAAUUUUUCAGACUUUUUGUAUUAUAUUUUUUUUUUUUUUAUAUAGGUAUAUAAAUUCAAAAUAGUCAACUGCGAGGAAUAAAAUAAACAGACUAUGUUAAUGUAAAACAAUUUGUGUAGUUUAUUUGUUGAAAAUUCUAGUAAAUAAAUAAUAUCAGUGUUUUUA